AUGUCUGCCUGGAGAAAAGCAGGUGUAUCAUAUGCUGCAUACUUGAACGUUGCUGCCAAGACCAUUCGUUCUUCCUUGAAGACUGAAUUACAAACUGCAAAUGUCCUUGGUAGAUCCAAAACUGAUGCCUAUUACACUAAGUACAAGAAUGGGACUGCUGCCUCCGAGCCCGUUUCAAUAACAAAAUAG